UGAGCGCUGAAACUCCCCUCAAGGACUUGCCCAAGGUUGACCCCACCCUUAAGGGACAGCUCGAGGGAUUCUCCGCCGUAAACCUUAAGAAGACCGAGACGGAGGAGAAGAUUCACCUGCCAAACAGGGAGGACGUGGCACAAGAGAAGCAACACGUUGAACAUCUACAGAACAUCAGCGAGUUUCGCAGCGAAAGACUCAAACGAACGUCCACCUCUGAGAAGUUGGUCCUUCCCAGUAGUCAAGACGUGGAAGCAGAGAAGAAAGCACAGGCCCAUCUGCAGGCCGUCGAAGGCUUCAAUACUGCACAACUCAAGCAUGCCAAUACCCAAGAAAAAAUUGUUUUACCUGCUCAGGAAGAUAUUGAAACGGAACGAACACAUCAGAGUUUAUUCCAGGGUGUAACAGGCUUUGAUAAGACCUCUAUGCGGCAUGCGGAAACGCAAGAAAAAGUUACCCUACCAGCCAAAGAAGAUAUCGAGACCGAGAAGACACACCAGAGCAUUUUCCAAGGUGUAACAGGAUUUGACAAGUCCCAAAUGCGACAUGCCGAGACCGAAGAAAAGGUUGCCCUACCUGCCAAAGAAGAUAUCGAACAGGAGAAAACACAUCAAAAUAUUUUCCAAGGUGUUGCAACUUUUGAUAAAUCAACUAUGCGACAGACUUCCACAACCGAAAGGGUAUCUCUCCCCACGCCAGAAGAUAUUAAACUGGAGCGUACCCACCAGGGCAUAUUUCAGCGAUUGGUGUCCUUCGACAAAAGUGAAAUGAAGCCAACUGAGACAGUUGAAAGAAAUGUUUUGCCCUCCCAAGCAGAUAUUGAGACUGAGAAGGGUCAGCAGGCACUCCGCCAGGGUAUUGAGGGCUUUGACCAUGCUGCUUUGAAGAAAGCUCAGACGACAGAGAAGAAUACCCUUCCAACUAAGGAAAUGAUUGAGGAAGAGAAGAAGGCCUAACAAGGUUUGCCAGGAACACAUCUAUGUUCACUGUGCAUCCCAGUGAUAUCCUCCCUGCUCUCCCUAGAACUUCUAAUAGUUCUGCAAGCCAAAAUGUUUUGUACUGUACUUUGAUAAUCUAAGUGUAUAGGUAAACCAACUGAUUUUGUAACCGGAUAUCAUAUGCUAUUCUUUGAGUCAUUAUUAUUUGCUUUAGUGAUAAGAUCAAGGUGCUCACCAAUAGCAAGGCGAUGGCAAGAAGUGCAAAAGGGACAUUUAGAAACUGCAUGAUAAUUUUCAUUGCUUUUGUGCACCCUCCUAGUAAUUUAUCAGCAAUGCUAGUGGACCAAAAUUUCACCUUGCUUCCGCCUUGUUCAAUAGAAGGUAAAGGUCUCCCAUGCAGGUAAUGGAAAACUGCCAAAAGGUACAAUGAAUUUGUAAUUUGCCAGGAUUGUAAUGUGUGAGUCUCAAUUUUUACCCCAUUUAAUUUGCAUUUAAUUGUUAGCAUUUACAUGAAUUUUUAAGUGUUUAUAAAGAAUUUAUCAUUGCCUUGUUUCAAAAUUAAUUUGCUUUUUGGGGCAUCCAAGUAAAUGUGAUUUUGGGAGCCAAUAAAGUGCUUUUGUA